GGGGAUAUUUUUGGUGUUGGGGUGAGUCGUGUGAGUCCCGGGGGGCCGUCUAGAAGAAGGAGACAUGACCAGGAGGAGGAACAAGCAAGGCAGCACCCGAAGGGAACGUGCAGUGGGCCAGCAGAGGCCGGGGAAAGGCUCUCCUGCUUCUGAUGGAACAGAUACAGAUGCCAGAGAGAGGCUGGAAGAUGUGGGGAAAGGAGGACAGGUAUUGCCUUCUUCAAACGAGUUUGUACAAACGUGCUGUCUCUUGUGUCACCGAGAAAGGAAAGAUUGGUUGGGUUCAGCGCCUCACAAUGGGGUCCUCUCUCCUAUGGAUGAAAUUCCUGCUUCUUUCAUGCCUUCCUUGGCACAGAACCUUUUGGGGGAAAUGCCGCUAUGGAUUUGCCAGAGCUGCCGGAAAAGCGUGGAGGAAGAGGAGAGACAAGCAAUGCCAGAGCAGCCGUUAGCGGUGUCUCUGUCACACACAUCCUGCAAGUCCCAGUCCUGUGGUGGUGGUUCACACUCUUCAUCUUCCUCCUCCUCUUCUUCUACUUCUUCUUCUUCCUCA